AUGAACAAGAAGCAACAAAUUCGGAUGUCAAUAUUUCCUGAACCUCAAGAAAAUGAAGAAGAUAUACAAGAUGACAUCCAAUACCCUAAUGGUGAUCUAAUUGACUUCACAGAAUACAAUAAAAAUAAAUAUGCUAAGAUUUAUUAA